AUUUGUACCCUCAACCUAAUUUUGGACUCUAUAAGGAUUGCACUACUUUGAAGAAUACAUACACAAGUACUUCUGAAAUAUUGAAUGACAAUGAAGACACUUUUUAUGUUCUAUGUGGUUUUGUUGCUUGUCUCAUUCUCUGUUAUACACAUUAAUCAUGCUUUGGAACUAGAUGAUGAAGAAAGUGGUGCAAUUCAAGAAAGAGCCCUUAUUCCCAGGCUAAAAUACACUGUCACUCCUGCUAGGAAGUUACUACAACUCCCUGAUAUUGGUGAUGGUACUGGUGAUGAUGGUGAUGUUGGUGGAAGUGAUGGUUCAGUUGGUAAUGGUAGCGAUGAUGGUACUGGUGGAAGUAGUGGCGAUGAUGGCAGUAGUAGUAAUAGUGGCAACGAUGGAGGUGAUGGCACGGACAACAGAAUAGGGCCGCCACCAACAUGUUCAAAAGACAUCAUACAAGUGAACCAAGGUGCAACAGCACCACUUCCUAGUGGCAUUCCCACAUACACAGUCAUAAUCGAGAAUGCGUGUUACUCAGGAAGUUGUAGCAUUUCCAACAUUCACAUGAGCUGUGGUUGGUUCAGUUCAGCACGGCUUAUAAAUCCGCGGGUUUUCAGAAGACUUAGCUAUAACGAUUGCCUUGUAAACAACGGAGAGCCUCUCACUGCUGGACAAUCACUCACUUUUCAAUAUGCUAAUACCUUCAAAUAUCCACUCUCUGUCUCUUCCAUUUCCUGCUAAAUAUCAGAUGGUACUGUUUGUAAAAAUCUACUUCCUUUCGGAUGUUUUCUUGGGCUAAGAUCAGUGUAAAAGUCCAAGAAUUUGUAGUCUUAGCUUGUGUAUGGUGUUAGUAACUUAGUUUUGUAAUUUAAUGUCAUCAAUGCAAAUAAGAAGUGUUUCGAGUUAAA